GGAUGGAAAAUCCCGAUGCUUUGGAUUUAUCGGAUAUCGCACGGAAAAAGAAGCAAAUGACGCUUUAAAUUAUUUUAAUAAUACUUUUAUUUAUACUUCAAGGAUCACUGUUGAACAUGCCAAACCUGUUUGUGAUCCAACGCUAUCUAGGCCUUGGAGUGCUCAUAGUAUUGGUUCAUCAAGCUAUCAGAGAAAACAUUUUCAAAAAUCUGAGGCUAAUAGUGUGGAAAUAAUAAAAAAAAGAGUUAAAAAUGAUGAUCUUAAUGAUGAAAAGCUUGAAGAAUUUUUGGAAGUUAUGAAACCAAGAUCAAAAUCUAAAACUUGGGCAAAUGAUGAUUUAACAUUUUUGGAAUCUCAGCAGAGUUCGAAAAAUAUCAUUACUAAUGAUUCAGAUGAUGAACUUUAUCAAGAUUUACCAAAUAAAAAUGAUAUAAUAAUUAAAAAUGAUACAAAUGAUUCGAAUGAUUCAACAAAGCAUAAUAAAGAUAAAUUAUCUCGUGAGAAAGUUGAUGAAUCGAGUAAGGAGUCAUCUGUAUCUGAUAUGGAGUGGAUUAGAAGUAAAAUCUUUUUAAAAGAUAACGAUGAUAAAAAUAAUAAAAUUUAUACUGAUCCAUCGCCAGAAAAUGAUGAUUCCAAAGAAAAUAAUAAUGAGACAAAUGCUAAUCUAUCUGGCAGACAUACAGAGGUUCCACCUGAGGAAUCUAUUGGUGAAACUGGUAGAUUGUUUGUUAGAAAUUUGCCAUACAUAUGUUCAGAAGAGGACCUGCGAAAGGUAUUUAAUAAAUUUGGCCCACUUGCUGAAGUUCACAUUCCACUCGACAAGGAAACAAAGAACCAAAAAGGCUUUGCUUAUGUUUUAUAUCAUAUUCCUGAACACGCUGUAAAAGCUUAUAUUGAGUUAGACAAUAAAUUCUUCAUGGGAAGAUUAUUACAUAUUUUACCUUCUAGAGAAAAACCUCAAAUUCGUGAUUUGAAUCCUGGUAGGUGGAAUUUAAAGAAAAAAAACGAGAUGAAUCAGAAGAGCUUAGCUAGUAAUGACUUCAAUUGGAGUACGCUAUAUAUGAAUAGUGAUGCAAUCGCAGAGUCAAUAGCACAUCGAUUUAAUGUAAAAAAAUCAGAAAUUUUGGAUCCAGAAUCUGAUAACAUGGCCGCAAAGCUUGCUCUUGCUGAAACUCAUAUCAUCCAAGAAACAAAAUCAUUUCUUGAAAUGAAUGGAAUUUCCUUAAGUUCUUUUGGAAGAAAAGAAAAAAGUGAUACUAUUAUCUUAGUAAAGAAUAUUUCAUUUGGUGUGACAAAGGAGGAAUUACAACAAUUAUUUGGAUGGUAUGGAGAAAUAGGGCGUUUAAUAAUUCCACCGGCUCAAACAAUAGCCUUGAUAGAAUUUUUACAUCCUUCAGAAGCCCGAAAUGCAUUCACAAACCUUGCAUAUAAAAAAUUUAAAGGAGUUCCUUUAUAUUUGGAAAAAGCACCAGCAGAUGUUUUUAAAAGUGAAACUGAUACAAACUUAAAGCCAACUGAUGAUGAUGCGAAAAAAGUACUUUCUUCAACCGAUAUAAUUGAAACAACUAUAAAUGACGAUGAAGAAUCAUCUGAAGUAACUGCUACAUUGUUUGUCAAAAACAUAAAUUUUGAUACCACCGAGGAAGAGCUAAAAAAAUUAUUCAAGAAUACUCCUGGUAUGAAAUCUGCAAAAAUAAAAAUGAAAAAUGAUCCUAAAAAUCCUGGUAAAACGUUGAGUAUGGGAUUUGGGUUUGUUGAAUAUGAUAAUAUGAAAAAUGCAAAGAAUGCUUUGAAAUCAAUGCAGGGGUAUGUGCUAGAUGGUCAUACGUUACAAUUAAAAUUUUCAAAUCGUGGAUUAGACACUGUACAGAGAAAACGUAAAGAGGAUGAAAUGAUGAAGAAAAAACAGGAAUCCACGAAAAUUAUUAUUAAAAAUGUCGCUUUUGAGACUACGAAAAAAGAGUUGAAAGAAUUAUUUGGUACGUACGGUCAAAUUAAAACACUUCGUCUACCAAAAAAAUUCGAUGGUACAUCUCGUGGAUUCGCAUUUGUAGAAUUCUUAACAAAAAGAGAUGCAAGAAAUGUGAUGGAGCAAUUACAAAAUACACACUUAUUAGGUAGACAUCUCAUUCUUGAAUAUGCGGAUGAUGAUAAAAAUGUUGAAGAGUUGAGAGAGAAGAUUGGUAAAGAAUUUAUUGCAGAUGUUGAAGGUGGUAAUGGUAGGAUGAGAAAAAGAAAAAAGGUCGAUAUGGACGAUUGGGCAGAAAGCAGGGACGAUAUAGAAGAAUGA